AUGCCAGACCUGCGCCACGGCCAAGAUCCGCUGCUUACGCUCUCCAGAUUCGCCUAUCUGCGACCGCUGCCUGCGGCUGAACAAACCGUGUUAUUUUCGGCCGGCUCGAAUACGCCAGACAUGGUCGAGAAAGGAGACAGCCAUAGUCCAUUAGAGGUAAAGGCCGGCGAUGUCAUCGACAAAGGCCUUCUCUCGCUGGACGAGGCCGCUGCGCUCCUUGCCUCGUUCAUGCAAUCCAUGAUGCCAAAUUUCCCUUUUGUUGUGCUUCCCGCAACGACAACUGCAGAUCAACUUCGCCAGAGCGCCCCAUUCCUCUUCCUGGCCAUUCUUUCCGUCUCUGUGACCAACGAUUCGACGCUGAAGCGGGCUCUCAGGGAGGAAGUGAGAGCUGCCUUGGCCGAGCGAACAGUCCUUAUGCAUCAACCGCCCUCUUUGGAGACACUACAAGGGCUUCUGGUUGUUCUUGCGUGGACCCAGCACCAGGUCCGGCAGCGAUCUUCCCCCCGGGACUUUCCAACCUACCUACAUCUGGCUAUUGGUCUCGUGGUAACCUGGCGAUUAGACCAGCCUAUCGGGAUGCGGAGACGUCAGACCUGCCGGGUGAACAUCAGCGAGGAAGGUAUCAUAGAGCGUCCGCCUGAGACCCUCAGAGCCGAGCAGAGAGCUGCAAUCGGUUGUUCUUUUCUUUCAUCAUGGUAUUUCCCGUGCUCGGACAGAUCUGUAUCGGUUGAGCCUAAGCUUACACUGUCUAGUUCUGCCAUCAUUACGCAGGAGAGGUGCACCUUUCCCUGGGCUCCAGAGCUAGAGGAUUUCGCUGUUGGACUCGCCGAGAAUCCCGAGUACGAUAGCGACCAGAUUAUCAUCCAUCUCGUCCGAUUGCAGCACGUUCUUGAGGAGAUUGACCGGGUCUCCAAGGAUCCGGACUCGUUCGAGACCGUCCAUUCCGGCCGCGCUUUCCACCCCUCGUUCCGUACAUUCAAGGCCCGAACUCAAGACUACUCAAACCUCCUUUCUCCCAAACUUGCGGGCAACUUCACCCUUUCAACCCAACUCCACACAAUUCACCUCUACCUCUGUCAAGUCGGCCUCUUCGAUCGCAAAGCUACAUCGCGGCUCCCCGUCGACGUCCGAGCGGAGAUCCUCUGCCACGGCCUCACGGCCGCCAAAAGCUUCUUCACUUCCUUUGCGUUGAUCGGCCCAGGGGCAGAGCGUCGCUUCAGUUACUCGCAGUGGCUUCAGUCGGGGUUUAACCUUAUCGUCUCUUGCAAGCUAACAUUGAUGGCUGUGUCCGAUGAAGCCCUCCGAGACAGUUUCCCACAAGUGCUGACGCUGUGCAAUGAGCUGGAUAUGCCUCAGGUAUUGAGGAUAUGUGUAGUCCGCCAGGAUCAGCAUUCGUCUUACAGCGGAGCAGCGCCCCCCGCAACAGGUUUUGACUACAAGGGCUGGCUACAGUGGAUAGAGGAGUGGUUCUUACGGCAGUAUAAUGGAUAUAUUGCGCGCCGCGAGGCUGCAGACAGGGCUGUAACUGCCGCAUCGUCUGCGCCGGUCGCCCCCCAAGCGUAUUUUGGUGUAGACGAGCCAAACACGGGACAUAUUUAUCUUCCAGCAUCUGCCAGUAGUAUGCUGUUUGAUCCAUUCCCUGAUUUUGUCAUGGCUGAUAAUCCGCUGUUAGGAUGGAUGGAUCUGAGACAGUUGCCUAUGUGA